GUAUGCCAAAUUCAUAAUAGUUGGCAUAUGGUUUAUUGCCCUGGCAACAGCGUUGCCAAUACCAAUUGUAUCAAAAUUAGUCCAACCAGGUGAUUGGUAUGAGUUGUGUGGAAGAUACAUUUGUAAGGAGGAAUGGCCCACAGCCGAACAGAACUAUUAUUACACACUGGCAUUGCUGACACUGCAAUUUAUUGUUCCAUUGUCGGUGCUAAUAUUCACCUACACCCGCAUUGCAUUGGCCGUAUGGGGCAAACGACCACCGGGUGAAGCGGAAAAUUCACGAGAUCAACGCAUGGCAAGGUCGAAACGUAAG